AUGGCCCCCGAACAGAAGCAGGACUCGAAAAACGCGUCCGGCUCCGACGUGGCCGUGCCCGAUCCCCCGCCAAUCCACCCGUCUUUCAUCCAGGUCGCCAAGCCGUACAUCUUCGAGCAAACGAUCCAGCAAUGCAUGGCGGCGAUGGGUGUCAAUCCUCUGCGUGAGGAGUCGCUGCGCUUGCAGGGCGUGACUUGGAUUGAUAGUGUCCGUAGGGCGCUGAAUCUGCCAAUUCGGACAUUCAACACCGCGGUAGUGUACUAUCACAAGUUUCGGUUGAUUCACCACGAUGCGGACUACAAUAAUAUGGACGCUGCCGCUGCCGCCCUGUUCAUGGCCUGCAAGAUCGAGGACACGCUCAAAAAGUCGCGUGAGAUUCUUUGCGCCGCGUAUAACCUCAAACAACCACAGUCGGAACAAAUUUCUUCUGACAACCAAGUACUCGACGAAGCCGCGCGAGGCAUCAUCGGCCUAGAACGACUCAUGCUCGAGAGCUCCGGCUUCGAUUUCCGAACGCGCCAUCCGCAGAAAACCCUCAUAAAGCUCGCCGGACAGUACGGCCUUUCGCCGCAGUCGGAGGUAUCGAACGUUGCCUACCGCAUCUCGCAAGAUCUCUACCGCACCUUUGCGCCGCUUAAACAGACUACAUCCACAAUGGCAUUUGCCUGUCUCGAGCUAGCGGGACGCCUACUGGAGCAGAGGAUAGAGGAGGUUGAGCUUGGGACAGACUAUGCGAGGUGGAGAACAAGCCGGGAGGAGGUUAUGGAAACCCUUCUCGAUCUACUCGAACUAUAUACACACAACCGCGGCUCUACAUCGGUCGGGCCUCACUUCCCCGCAGACCGCUUCCUUACCGUGCGCAUUCCUCUGAACAAAGAAGCGGAAGAGCAGAGGCUCCCGCGUUACACCAAUCCAGCCGACGAAGGAAAACCUAUGAGAGACUCCCGCAGAGGGCCAGCAACCAAUGGCUCGAAGAGCGAGAAAGACGCUCCAGCUACCGAUCCCCUCUAUCACCCGCUUAUUCCGGCCACUGCCAUUGGAGAACGCCCCAAGGCUGGGGAGAAAGGCCGAGACGCGGCAGUGCGGUUUAUUGUCGACUCUGAGUAUGCAGCCGCUGAAAAGGCUCGCGUCGCUCAGUACUUCAAAGUUGAGAUGGAAGAAUACGAGGUGGAGGAGUGA